AUGGAGCGGGGUCGGGAGCGGAGCGGCGGGGUCGGGGGGUUCGGGGGGGCCGGGGGGGCCGGGGCACCCCCCGAACGGUUCCGCCUGGUCGUGCUGGGUGGCGGCGGCGUCGGGAAGAGCGCGCUGAGCGUCCGCUUCGUUCAGUCCUAUUUCGUCCCCGACUACGACCCCACCAUCGAGGAUUCCUACACCAAGCUCUGCACCGUGGACGGGGUCCCCGCGCGCCUCGACAUCCUGGAUACGGCGGGGCAGGAGGAAUUCGGGGCGAUGCGGGAGCAGUACCUGCGGGCGGGGGACGGGUUCCUCCUCGUCUUCGCCAUCAACGAUCGCGACAGUUUUGGGGUGCUGCCGCGGCUGCACGGGCAGAUCCUGCGGGUGAAGGACCGGGACGACGUCCCCACCGUCAUGGUGGGCAACAAGGCCGACCUGCUCCCCCAGCGCCAGGUGCCGCGGGAGGAGGCGCAGGCCUUCGCCCGCCAAAACCGCCUGCGCUACCUGGAAGCUUCGGCCAAAACUCAGCUCAACGUGGACGAGGCCUUCCACGAGCUCGUGCGGGCCGUCAGGCGCUUCCGGGAGCAGGAGACCCCCCCGGCGCUGCCCCCGCCCCCCCGCGGCAAAGACCCCCCCCGCUGCCCCUGCGCCCUCCUCUGACCCCCCCGAGGGGCGGUUUCGGGGGGCGGGGGGGGAUAGACACGUGUAUAAAAGUCUACAGACCCUGCACCCCAAAUUUGGGGGCAACCACCCCCCACACACACACACCCGGGGGGGGUCAAAGACCGGCACCCCCCCCAGACCCCCCCU